GCUUAGUUAUUCAUUUUGUGUUCGACUCUCGCUGAGCAAGCAUCAAAGUAAAAAGAAGAAGCAAUGGCCCGUACAAAGCAAACCGCUCGUAAAUCAACUGGUGGAAAGGCACCACGUAAGCAGUUGGCAACCAAAGCCGCUCGUAAAAGCGCUCCAGCCACCGGAGGCGUGAAGAAGCCACAUCGUUAUCGUCCAGGAACAGUCGCUCUUCGUGAAAUCCGUCGUUACCAAAAAUCAACUGAAUUGUUGAUCCGCAAAUUGCCGUUCCAACGGUUGGUUCGUGAAAUCGCUCAAGAUUUCAAGACCGAUUUGCGUUUCCAGAGCUCAGCUGUUCUCGCUUUGCAAGAAGCCAGCGAAGCCUACUUGGUUGGUUUAUUCGAAGACACCAACUUGUGCGCUAUUCACGCAAAACGUGUCACAAUCAUGCCAAAAGACAUCCAAUUGGCCCGUCGUAUCCGUGGUGAACGUGCUUAAAUUACAAAUCCACCAAUUUUUAACAAAAAUCGGCCCUUUUCAGGGCCAACAA